AUGAGGAUUUCUAAAAAGUCUGUGAAUGGGAGGCUAUGCUAUUUGAUGGUCCCUAGAGUAGUUGAUGGCUGGGGAUGGAGGAAAUUGGAUAAUAUGAUAUUGGAUGUCUCUUUGGGCUACAGAGGUUACUUUAUUGAUGCUGGCUUUAACAAUCUGCAGGCAAAGAGUAGGGACGAAUCAUCUGGGGAACACAAGAUUGUGAAACCUGAGAAGGGUCUUUCCAGAGGUAGAGUUUUGAGACCUAAUUUACCACGGGAUGAGUGUGGUGCUGUGGGGAUGGGAAUGGAAACAAUUCCUUUUGAUAACAACAAUGCCAUAGACUCUUUGGUUAGUGUGGAGGGUAGGUGUCAGUUAGGAGGUGGAUGGGAUUUGGUAGUAGUGGAUGCAGUAGAGCAGUUAGAUGUGAAGGGAG